AUGGUGCACGACGGCGCCGCGAGCGGCGCGGCACGAGGCGCCGAUGUUGCGGCUCAACCGCCGAGCGGUUCGAGCUCCGAGGGCACGCUCUUGAACGCGGACGGGAUCGUGUCGGCGGCGCAGAAGCAGCGCAGGGAGCUCCUCGCGACGUGCGCGCACCUCGGGAGUCUCAAUAACUGGGAGAAGGCCACGUACAAGCGUCGCAUGAGGGUGGCCGAGCAUCAGAAGGCGCUCGCGCAGGAGCGCUGCGAGAAGCUCGAGGAGCGCGAGGCCGCGCGGCGCGUCGAGCGCGAGCAGCUCUACGAGGCGCUGCGGACUGCGCGGGCUGAGGCAGCGCGUGCCGCGCAGGAGGCGUCCUCGGCGGCUGCAAAGUGCGAACGGUGGCAGCGGUCGGCUCGGGAGGCCGAGGGUCGCUUGCGGGCGUGCGAGCGCGAGCUGCACCGAGUGCGGGAGGCUCAACGGAGUCUUGCGAAGCAGGCGGAGAGGGGCGCGGUGAUCGAGUUGCGGCUGAAGGAUCUGCGUGAGCGGUACCAGACGCUGCUGGGGUCGGAGCGGAGGCUGAAGAACGUCCUGACGACCUGCGAGAGGGAGCUGCACGAGGGCGCAAAGCAGCUGCAGGCCGCGGCGGACGCCCAGGCGCUCGAGCGACAGCGCGCCACGGCCGCCAUCAGGCGGGCACAGAGCGCGGAGGCGGCGGCGAAGGCACGCGAGCAGGCAACGAAGGAGGACCUGACGAAGCUGCAGCGCGAGAUGGAGCGCGCCAAGCAGGAGCUGAAGGAAGCCAUCGAUCAAGUCAAAGGACACCUCGCGUGCGCCGAGGAGAAGCUGCAGCGCGCAGAGGACGAUGCCGCCGGCGCGCGUCGGUCCGAGGCGGAGGCCUGGCGGACCGUCGCGGCGUGGCGCAAGCGUCACCACGAGGUCCAGGUCGCAGCGGACCAAGCCCGCGCUGAGAACGAGCGGCUCGCGCGCGACAUCGGCGAGCUACGCAGCAGGCUUGCCGUGCUGUCGGAUUGCUUUGGGCAGGUGGAGACGUCCCGCCAGGCGGCGCAGCAGCUACAAGCCGACCUGCAGGGCGCACAAAGCCAGCUGGCACACCUGCGGGCGUCGCACGACGCGAUGCAGCUGGACCUCGUGGACGCGCACGGGGCGUACCAGCAGGCGCUCGAGGACUUCGGCGCCGCGGACGAGGCGCGGCGGGCGGAGCAGCGGCGUGUGCGGCAGUUGCGCGGGGAGCCCGAUGAGCUGUCGGGCUGCAGCGCGGAGGAGCUGCGGCAGCUGGUGACCAUCGUCGAGCAGGCGGGCCCGCGGAUACGCGACGCGAUGGUGCGAACGGCGCUUGCGGAGCGCGAGCAGGAGCAGCAGGAGGCGUCCAAGUGCGCCGUGUGCUGGGCGGCGCAGCGGGCGGUGGCGCUCAACUGCGGCCACGUGAUGUGCGCGUCGUGCGCCGACAAGGUUGGCAGCUGCCCGCUCUGCCGCGAGCCCAUCACCAGCCGCCAGCGCGUAUACAUCUGA